AUGGAUGGGAAUUCACGAUCAGGAAAUAUGAUGCAACAGAAUGGUUCUUAUGGAGGUUUUGAUUUGCAAGGGCCGACAAGAGUCCAUCAUCACCAACAAAAUCCGCUGGCACCCCACCAACAUCACUCUCAUCCUAGACAAGGUUCAUCAAUUGUUCAUCCUACAAUUCAUGAAAACUUUCCCCUUACAAUAGGAAGCAUGCAAGAAAACGACCAGACCUUUUCCAUGGCAGACUAUGACAGAAGAGAAAGGAGAAAAUCUACAAGUGAUGAGGAUGAGCCAAGUUUUACGGAAGAAAAUGCAGAUGGCAGCAGUGAUCCAAGCCGAGGAAAGAAGGCAUCCCCAUGGCACCGGGUGAAAUGGACUGAUGCUAUGGUAAGGCUGUUGAUUACGGCUGUUUCUUACAUUAGUGAGGAGGCAGCUGCAGAAUAUGGUGGUGUUGGGAGGAGAAAAUAUUCAAGUUUACAGAAAAAAGGCAAGUGGAAAUCAGUCUCGAAAGCUAUGGCUGAAAGGGGACAUUUUGUUUCACCUCAACAAUGUGAAGAUAAAUUCAAUGACCUCAACAAAAGGUACAAGAGACUCAAUGAGAUCCUUGGGAGAGGAACUUCAUGUGAAGUUGUUGAGAAUCCAUCGCUUUUAGAUGGGAUGGAUCACAUCUCCGAGAAAGCAAAGGAGGAAGUUCGGAAAAUUCUAAGCUCAAAGCAUUUGCACUACGAAGAGAUGUGUUCUUACCACAAUGGGAACCGGCUGCAUCUGCCCCCUGAUCCUGAAUUGCAGCGUUCUUUGCACUUAGCCCUUGGAAGUAGAGAUGAUCAUGAUGACAGUGAUGUGAAAAGGCAUUCAAAAGAUUAUAAUGAAGAGGUUGAUCAAGAAGCUGAAUUGGAUGAUUGUUAUGAAAGCGAGGAUAAUCAUGUUUUAUCUGGGCAUCACAUGGCUUAUGGGAUGCCAGGCAGCUCGACAAAGAGGAUGAAACAAUAUCAGAAUCAUGAGGAUUUUAGUUUUGGAAGUUCUUUGAAUUUUCUAGAUUGCAACAGGACUUCUAAUUUCCAGCCAGUAAAUGCUGAUGCUGAUGCGAAGCAGGGGUCACCUGAAGGCAUGAAAACAAACAGGUUACAAAAGCCGGGGAUUAAUCACCGUGCUCUUCAAUUAGAAGAACAGAGGCUACAUCUUCAAGAACAAAUGUUGGAACUGGAGAAAGACCGGUUCAAAUGGCAGAUAUUUUGUCAAAAAAAGGACAGAGAAAUGGAGAUUUCAAGGAUGGACAUUGAGCAGAUGAAACUCGAGAAUGAACGUAUGGCUUUGGAGUUGAGGCGAAAGGAAAUGGGUAUUGACAAUAGCUAA